AUGAACAAAACAAACCUGAAUUGCACGAUGAUCCUUGUGAUGGGCCAAGCAGAGAGAACAGAGUGGGCCGUUAGUACAGUCCAAACAGUACAUAUUGCAUUCGCUUUUGUGAGAGUCGGUGUGGUAUUUGCAGUUGACGAAGAAUUGUUCCCUGAGAAGGGGCUUCAGCCACGGCGGCCACCGGUGGCUGUCCUCCUCGUCAGGUCCUCCGGCUCCCUACUCAAAAACCAAAAGAUUAUACAAAUUGAGAAUUUAGCAAAAAUUGUGAGUGGGCAAAGCACAAAUGGGGAAGAAAAGGAAAGAAGAGCAAGUGGAGGCGGUGAGAGGGAGAGAAGAAAAUGGGGUUACUUACUUGUAGGUGGCGGGUCAUACAUGUACGAAAGCUCCGAGCCUAGCUCCGAGCCUGAACCUGAAGAUACAUUGAAUUUUAGGUUCUGCGCCUUAGAACUUAAAUGA